GCAUGGACCAAAGCAGUGAAGCAUGUGUGAAAAAGAUUAGCAGUGUGAAUCUUGACAAACUUAUAAAUGACUUCUCACAGAUAGAAAAGAAAAUGAUAGAAACCAACGGAAGGAACAAUAUACUGGAUAUUCAGUUGGAAAAGACUAACUGUUUAUUAAAAGUGAUGCAAGCAAAGGAAGUCUCAAUUAAAGAAGAAUGUGCUACUCUUCAUAAUAUAAUAAAAGGUCUACAACAUACCAUUGAAUAUCAACAGAAUUUGAAAGAUGAAAAUGAACAACUAAAAAUAAGUGCUGAUCUUAUAAAAGAGAAGUUAAAGUCUCAUGAACAGGAAUAUAAGAAUAAUAUUGCCAAACUUAUAAGUGAAAUGAGAAUCAAAGAGGAAGGAUAUAAGACAGAAAUAAGCAAACUUUAUCAGGACAUGCAGAAAAAAGUUGAAUUAAAUGAAGAAAAGCACAAAGAACUAAUAGGGAAAAAGGAGAUGGAAAUUUCAGAGUUAAAUGCAAAGCUAAGAAAUCAAGAAAAAGAAAAACAAAAUGAAAUAAUCAAGCUACAACUAGAGUUUGAUGCCAAACUAGCAAGAGUUCAGACUAAAUCAAAAUCAUAUCCAGAUUCUACUGUUUUACCACAGAGUAUCUACAGAAGGAAACUGCAACAUAUUCAAGAAGAAAAGAACAAAGAGAUUGCAAUUCUUCGUAAUACCAUUCGCGAUUUAGAGCAACGCCUUUCUGUUGGCAAAGAUUCUCACCUUAAGCGCAGACGGUUUUGAGCUUAG